AUACAAGCAACCUAAGCAUUGAGCCUCAGAUCAACAGAGUGCAGCUAGUUCAGCCAAAAAACGCACAAGAACCAUGAUCCAUCCAAAGAAGCUUGCUCAGCUAGCCAAGAAGUUGCAGCAGAGGAUGGUGUCAGCUGGCGGUAGCCGACAGAACGCAGUCACCGGCGACGAUUGCUGCAGCACGGCGUCUCUCGCCGUCGCCGGCAAGGGCCACUGCGUGGUGUACACCGCCGACGGGGCGCGGUUCGAGGUGCCAUUGCCGUAUCUGAGCACGGCGGUCUUCGGCGAGCUCCUGACCAUGUCUCGGGAGGAGUUUGGGUUCGCAGGCGACGAUGGAAGGAUCACGUUACCGUGCGAUGCUCCUGUGAUGGAAUAUCUCAUGUGCCUGCUUCGGAGAGAUGCCUCUGAAGAGGUCGAGAGGGCGUUCUUGAGCUCCAUGGCGAUGCCUUGCCGCAAUGUCGGAGCGCUCAGCCAUCAACUUGCUGUUUGUACAUAGCUACUGAUGUAAAAUGUUAGGAUUAUUACGAGAAAUUAAUCCAUUCAGAUGAUGCAAAAUGCACAAUU